CAGCAGCGGAGGUUGGGGUGUCGGCUGACCGGAUGAGAGAAGUUUUGUUUCUGUCUGUUGGAGUUCUCCGUGUGUAUGUUUGCGCUGCCAUUUACGGCUGACUGGUUGAAUUAUUUUUGAUCCCCGUUACCAGAGUUGGUGUGAACAUACAGAGCUUUUUUUUUUACCAAAUAAGUGAGAACCCGAGUGCGCAGCCAUGGGGAACCGGGGGAUGGAGGAGCUCAUUCCCCUGAUUAAUAAACUUCAGGACGCUUUCAGUUCCAUCGGGCAAAGCUGCAACCUCGACUUGCCGCAGAUCGCCGUGGUCGGCGGGCAGAGCGCUGGCAAAAGUUCAGUCCUGGAAAACUUUGUCGGCAGGGAUUUCUUACCCCGUGGGUCUGGAAUUGUGACUAGGCGCCCUCUUAUUCUGCAACUGGUCAAUUCCAAAGCAGAAUAUGCAGAGUUCUUGCACUGUAAAGGGAAGAAGUUUGUGGAUUUUGACGAAGUGCGGCUGGAGAUUGAAGCAGAAACCGACCGAAUCACUGGCUCCAACAAAGGGAUCUCCCCCAUCCCCAUCAACUUGCGUGUUUACUCGCCUCAUGUGCUCAACCUCACCCUGAUCGACUUGCCCGGCAUGACCAAGGUGCCGGUGGGCGACCAACCACCUGACAUCGAGCACCAGAUCAGAGACAUGCUGCUGCAGUUCAUCAGCCGCGAGAGCUGCCUCGUCCUGGCUGUCACCCCGGCCAACACUGACCUGGCCAACUCCGACGCCCUGAAGAUCGCCAAGGAGGUCGACCCGCAAGGUCUUCGGACGAUCGGCGUGAUCACCAAAUUGGAUCUGAUGGAUGAAGGCACGGAUGCCAGGGACAUCCUGGAAAACAAGCUGCUUCCUCUUCGGAGAGGCUACAUUGGGGUGGUGAACCGCAGCCAGAAGGACAUAGAUGGGAAGAAGGACAUCAAAGCCGCCCUUGCAGCCGAGAGGAAGUUCUUCCUGUCUCACCCGGCUUACAGGCACAUGGCAGACCGCAUGGGCACCUCUCACCUGCAGAAGACUCUCAAUCAGCAACUCACCAACCACAUCAGGGACACCCUGCCCGCGCUGCGCAGCAAACUGCAGAGCCAGCUGCUGUCACUGGAGAAGGAGGUGGAGGAGUUCAAAAACUUCCGACCAGAUGACCCCACGCGCAAAACCAAGGCCCUGCUGCAGAUGGUGCAGCAGUUUGGCGUGGACUUCGAGAAGCGGAUCGAAGGCUCAGGAGACCAAGUGGACACCGUGGAGCUCUCUGGCGGGGCGCGAAUCAACCGUAUCUUCCAUGAGAGAUUCCCCUUUGAGCUUGUCAAGAUGGAGUUUGACGAGAAGGAACUCCGAAGAGAAAUUAGCUACGCCAUCAAGAACAUACACGGUGUCAGAACUGGUCUCUUUACUCCCGAUUUGGCUUUUGAAGCCAUUGUGAAAAAACAGAUUCUUAAACUGAAAGAGCCCAGUUUGAAAUGUGUUGACCUUGUCGUCUCUGAGCUUACCGCCUUAGUCCGAAAGUGUGCAGAAAAGCUCGGCUCGUACCCCAAGCUGCGGGAGGAGACCGAAAGGAUCGUCACCACCUAUGUGCGCGAGAGGGAAGGCAAGACCAAGGAUCAGGUGCUGCUGCUUAUUGAUAUUGAGCUUUCCUACAUCAAUACCAACCACGAGGAUUUCAUUGGAUUUGCAAAUCUAGAUUUACAGAAGUUCAGAAAGCUGGAAGAGAAUUUCAACCCAGGGUAUCCAAACAGCGCCCAGCAGAGAAACACUCACGUCAACAAGAAGAGAGCCAUCCCUAACCAGGGUGAAAUCCUGGUCAUCCGUCGGGGCUGGCUGACCAUCAACAUCAGCAUCAUGAAAGGAGGAUCCAAGGAGUACUGGUUUGUGCUGACUGCUGAGUCUCUGUCCUGGUACAAGGAUGAAGAGGAGAAGGAGAAGAAGUACAUGCUGCCUUUGGAUAACCUGAAGCUUAGAGAUGUGGAGAAAGGGUUCAUGUCCACCAAGCACACCUUUGCCAUCUUUAAUACCGAGCAGAGGAAUGUUUAUAAGGACCUGCGGCAGAUUGAACUCGCCUGCGACUCCCAGGAGGAUGUGGACAGCUGGAAAGCUUCUUUUUUGAGAGCAGGGGUCUAUCCAGAGAAAGACCAAGCAGAGAACGAGGAGGCAGGCCCGGCCGACACUUUCUCCAUGGACCCCCAACUGGAGAGACAGGUGGAGACUAUCCGCAACCUGGUGGACUCCUACAUCGGCAUCGUCAAUAAGUCCAUCAGAGACCUCAUGCCAAAGACCAUCAUGCACUUGAUGAUCAACAAUGCAAAGGAGUUCAUCCACUCAGAGCUGCUGGCCUACCUGUACUCUUCUGGGGACCAAAACAGUUUGAUGGAGGAGUCUGCAGACCAGGCGCAGCGGCGUGACGAGAUGCUGCGCAUGUACCACGCCCUGAAGGAAGCGCUCAGCAUCAUCGGGGACAUCAGCACCACCACCGUCUCCGUGCCCGUGCCCCCUCCUGUAGACGAUGGGUGGAUGCAGAAGGAGACCAGUCCUACCCCUCAGCGGAGGCCGAACAGCUCGGCCCCCCCACCCAGCCGUCCCCCGGCUGUCAGGGGCCCAACGCCAGGGCCACCCCUCAACCCCACCCCGGCUUUUGGGGCACCCCCUAUCCCCUCACGACCUGGCCCCCCCCAGCCAACCUACGGCUUGGGGAACCAGGAUCCGUUCAGUGCCCCCCCGCAGAUCCCCUCUCGGCCCACCAGAGUGCCCCCUGGCGUCCCCCCUGGUAUUCCCAGCCGAAGACCCCCAGCGGCUCCCAACAGACCUACCAUAAUCCGCCCGGCGGAGCCCUCUUUACUAGACUAGACACUGGGAGACGCAAAGUGGGCCUGUGUACUAGUGUGGCGUCGCCACCGGUGGUGGUAGAGGAAGGAGGAGGGGGUGGGGGGGGGGCCAAGCGCUCAUAGAGGCCACAGGCUAGGACACUGACCUGCCACUGCAGACUUGAACCGCACACUGCCUGUCGAGGAGGAAACAGUCAUCAGUCAGGCUUUUCGGACCUGGGAUCCAGAACAGAUGCAUUGCUGGUUGAUUAUGCAACAGAUUUUUUCUUUUAGCUGAGACCCUAAUUGCCUCUACACUUCAGAUUGCUUGCUAUUGCAUGGAUGAGCCUGCUUGAUUUAAAAAUAAAAAUCAUAUCCAUUUCUGAGAUUACAUCAACUUUCUGUCAUCUUUUAAUAGAGUAGGAUAGACCAAGGGAGGACUGGUCUGCCCCCCUUUGAAGUCGCUAUUGUAAUCUGAGUGUUGGCCAUCAGGGGGCCUCCUAGACUAGGGGAAAUGUGAUGCAGCUACAGCCAGGGAGUGUGGAAAAGCCCACCCUGACUCUAGGUGGAGUGCUGGACCUGUUCGGCAGGUAGGCAGGAGUCAUCAUUCUCCUGCAGACCCUGGACAUGUCCAGUCUCCCUCGCUGAUCAACUGCAAAACCCACUUUGCUGUGCUGAGGAGAAAGGAUACCUUCAAAACCAGCAGCCUUUUCAAACCAUCUUCCUUGUUUACCCAUAUGUGUGCAUGGAAGCUCUCUUUAUUAAAUGGCUUGUUCUCCUAAACAGGCAAUGUGUCUGUCAGUCCCUAGAGGGAUCUUAGAAUUAAUCAUUGCUCUGUGGCCUCCCCUCUCUCACAAUACUCCCACCCACCACCUCCCAGAUCGAUUGGAUCUCCUCUGUCAAUACACAAAAACACUUCAGCCAGUUGAUCCUUUGUGUUUUUUGGGGGUUUUCAAAUCUCAUCAAAUGAAAAAAGUUAUAAUAUUAAUGUUUUCUUGAAUUGCAACAAAUGUGUACUAUUAAUUUUUUCAGUGUAUCUAGCUUUAAGGAAUUUCUAAUAAAAGCAAAGCAGAGACAAAUUAAUGUCAAACUGAAAGGUUAUGGGGAUAAUCGUAGUGUGAUGAGAGCUGUGUGUGUGUUGGGGGGCGGGGGGGGAGUGGUGGUUCAUUGUAAAGUGGCAGUAAUGGAAAUAGACCUAGCCUCUCCCUUUGAACUGGAUUGGUGCAUUCUGUGGGAGUGUCUUCUCUUCUGCUAAUCUGAUUGGCCCUCAUGAAGGGAAUUAAUCAUUUUUCCACCUGUCUGAUUGGCCAGCAUCUGAGUCUUGCCCAAUCAAGACCCCUUUAAACAGCAUUGACUGUACACUUCUGGAAAAUUUCUCUUUUUACACCGAGCAGCCCUGAUUGGACAGCCAUUCCUAAUCAUUUAAAAUGUCUUAUGUAACACAUUUGUAGUUUCCAAGGGCCUUUCCUUAAAAGAUGGUACAAAGAAUAUCACAAUUUUAUCUGCCAGAAGUACUGGAAUCAAAUUGUUUAUGUCCCCCUCAGGAUUUAAACUCUUCUUUUUAAAAGGUCCUUUCACCCUGCAAGUUUGCCAGCAACAGCAAGCUACGAGUGAGUUGAAAAUAAUAAAGAUGAAGUCUUUUGUCUUAAUUGCACUUAAAACUUGCAGUGUUUCUUUUGGGAUGCACAAGUUCAUAAACCUGUGAGAAAUUGCCUGUAAGCUUCUUAGAACACCUGUGUAUGUAUUUAGAUAGGCACAUCCCUAGCUAUAAAUAUUAUUUUUCUAAUCAUGAAAACAGAAGUAAAAAUGUUACAAAUCAGAGAACUUGAAGAAAUUCACAAGACAUUUUAAGUAAGAUUUCUGAUGGAAUUACAGCUGGUUGAACAAGUUAUGAGAUCUGAAAAAUAAGACCACAUUUUUGAAUACCUUUUCUCAAGCUGAUUUUUAAAUCUUGUGCCUUUUUAAUGGAUAGGUUAAACAUGAAAAAUUAAAUCUAACUUAGCAUUUUGUAAACAAAUAAGACUUCACAUUCUUAAACAGUUGCCAUUUAUAAUGACACUGAAUUGUAACUUGGUUCAGAGUCUCUAGUUGUUCAAAGGAAACUAGCAAGCCUAAGUAAACGAGUAAGCCUAACACUGUGGCUUGACAUAAUAUAGACAGCAGUUUCUUUCCACCUCUGAGACAAAAGAAAGCACUCCAGUAGUAAUAAAUGCUUUUUUUAUAACUAAUCUGUGUGGAAAAAGGUGUAUAUAUUUUUGAUGAUUUUGACGUAAUCUUCCCUACUAUCUAUGCAAUAGUAAUAGAAAUUAUGCUUUUUUGUCUCAGAUAAUCGUGCUUUAUAAUGAUGAUUAUCGAUCUGAUAAUCACAUAAGCCUUAACAUGUAGUUACCGAUCACUCCAGGUCAGAGCUAUUUUUAAGUGUUUGUUCAUAAUGCUCCUACACUGUAACUCAAAUGUGGUAUUUUAGUUUUUUUAUCAGAUUUUUUAGGAUUAAAACUGAAAUCCUUUGGCUUGAUAGUUACAGAUAUGAGUCUUGCAUGUCUUGCCCUUCAGUUUUAGCCAUGCACCUCCCAGGUGUGGAGUAGAACUGCAGGCAAUUGCCCAGGUUAGGCAGGGACAGAGUGAGCUUGUUUUGCUGCCCAUUUGCAACCCCAGUUCACUGAAGCAAAGUGGGUAGCAAAGUGAAUUGAAAAAGUAAUUAUCUGAGAUCAUUAAGACAAGAUCUCUAGAUGUGCAAUUAUGAUAACGUGUUAUAAACGGAUUUUUCAGUUGUGUCGUUGUCAGGAUUGCUGUCUCUGUAAAUUGGAAAAAUUGUCCUUUCUGAAAGCAAACUAAAGCUGGGCACGGGGAAAAGAUCAAAGACUCCUCUCAUGUUUGCAGCAAACAAGAAUGGUGAGCUUAUAUUGAUUAUUGCCCGCUAGUAAAUUUAUGGCUUUGUACUGUUGGAUCUCUGCCUACAAAGCACUUUCAUAAAAAGAGGACAGACAAGACAUUGGCUUUGAAUUUGGUGAAAAUCAGAAAGACAUUUUGAAUACCAUUUUGAUUUUUUCCCUGGAGAUUUCAAAUGAACACCCCCAGAAGUUCAGUCAGUUCUGCUGUUUUUUAGAGUAAAGAGGAGACUUUUAAAAAAGAAAAACUAAAUAAAAGAAUCUUGGACAGAAGAAUUACUUUAAAAAGACUAACCCAUUUAUUAUUAGAGCCUGGAAUGUAUUAAAUACCAUAUUGUAUCAGUUAUGAUCAUUUAUAACCAGGGUAAUUUUUGUAAUUUUCUAUUGGUUUUCAUUUCCACUCAGACAGAUCUCUUUGCAGCACUAUUUUUUUUUUACUUUGGGGGGGUGCAGUCUUAUAGUUCCAUUCAAAACACUUUCAAAGUAGUAGGAAACUUAACGAGUGCCCAGUGCUCAGCUGUUUUCUCCUGUGGUUCAAGAGAGAGCCUUUAAAGAGGGAGUCAGCAAGACUUACCCUAAACCUUGCCCUGUUUGUUUUAUAUAACCGUAAGAAGUAUCUACUUCUGCGUUAAAAAGGAAGAAGAGAUCAGCUGAACUGUUCGUAGCUUUCCAAAGGAAAGGGGCAUUUUUUAUCAGUUCUUUGUAAUUUCCUUCUUUCUUCAACUAUACUAAGGAAACUGAUAAGACACCCAUUGCACAGAAGUUUGAUCUAUUUCAGGUUUUGUGAGCAGCGGGCAAACUAUUCUGUAAACCAACAUCAGGUGCUGGAUUUUUUUAGGCUGUUGCCUUAUCUGAACUAACUUUGCCUAGGCAGAUGUGUAAAAGCAAAACAAAAUGUGUAUAUACUGCUUUUCUGCUUUAUCAGCACAGUUUGUACAGGAUUCUGAAAUGAGUCAAACCCCCUAUGUAAAUGUGAAGGGUAUUUGUUUCCUCUUGUACUGAAAUGGGGUUCUAGGUCCCAGUUAUCAUUGCACAUCUGCUGUCCUACAAGGCUGUGGUCCAUGCUCUAGGUGUAUUCCCUGUGGGAAGUAACAGAAUUGAUCGGUUAGUGAUGUCCCAUCAAAAUCCCAAGAAAGGGGGUUUAAGAGAUGCUGAUCUCACUAAUGCCCAGAGUGCAGUCAGGAAUCAAGUUGCCAGAUUCAGCCAUGGGAGAUUUUUUUUUUUUGCUUAUGUAUUCCUGCUGCAAUGAGAGAUGAGCAAAGACAGGCAGGGCUGUCUGGAGAUCCCAUCCCCCCAGUUCCUUUGGGGGUGAUCUUUUAAAAUCAACCUAGACUGGGCUGCCUCUGGUGCAUGCAAAAUGACACUUCAAUACUGUUUUACAUUCUGGCUACUUUUGAUCUACCUCCUUCAGCUCUGCAUGAGUUUUUAGGUCCAGUAGUCCAAUCUUAAGUGCUGGUUAAACAGAGCCUUUGAGGACAGCAAGUGUCAGAAACUCACCUUGUGUCAGAAAAAAAUGAUCUGGCUACGGCAGACAUGCAGUUUUAAACUUGAGCACAGUAGACGUUUUAUAUGGUCUAGGGAAGAAAGCAGCACUGAUGUUUUGGGAGGGAGGUGGAGUAGAUGAGCUCUAACAGGUCACAAAUUACUGCUGAGGAUUAGAUUUACCUUUAGGCUUGGUCAACAGAUGUCUCACUGCUGCUGCUUCUUUGAACCUUUUUAAAGAAGUGUUUGCAAACAAGACUUUUGCAGGAUGGUCAUUAAAGGGCCUAAAAGGUUUCACGUUCCAGGCAAUACAGAAAUGCUACUGGGACAUUUUAGGGCUGGAAGAGCUGAUGUCAGCUGCUGCUCGGGUCGCUGUAGCCAGAUCCAGCCCACAAUUCUCACACCACGUCCGUUGUCUGUCCUGUGUUGGGAACCAACCCUCCUGUCCUCCCUCAGCAUCACCAUGUGUUCAUGAUUGAAGAACUCCACAAGUGUUUUUAUUCAAAACAAAAACUUGUAAGUGCCUCUGUAGCGAUUAAUAAAAAAAAAAGUAUAUAAUAAAGGGAAUCUCUAUGGUG